CACCAGGGUCUCCUCCUCCGAGGUUUUUCUUCAUUCUGGAAGUUUCCGCUGAGACUUCUCUCUCUCCAAAGGUAGAAAGGUGUGUGCUCAGCAUGGACCAGAGCAGAGACGGAGACGGGGGAGUCCGUCCCUCCGUCUCCCCUCUGUGUGGGGAGCAGGACAGAGAAGCUCACAGGCGUCUCUCGUCUCCUGGGUGUCAGUCUGAGGUCAGUAAUCGCUCCAUGGAGCCACCGCUGAGGUUCCAGUCAGAAACACGGAUUCCUCAGGAAACAGCUGAACCUGGACCAGAACCUGGACCAGAACCUGGACCAGAACUCUGUCUGUCCUGUAAAAGUGACCAGUCCAAGGAAUAUGUUAUUAACUUCAAGGACGGACCUGCGUCUGCUGCAACAAGGUCUCUGAACGCACCAGAACUCAGCUGUCUGUCCUGUAAAAGUGACCAGUCCAAGGAAUAUGUUAUUAACUUCAGGGACGGACAGGCGUCUGCAGAACGACCGGACCAGCAGAUCUCAGGAUCUCCCAGAAUUCAGUCUGUUCAUCAGCUGGACCUGGACUCCAUAUUUACGCUGCUGGAGGCCAAUAUUUUCAGUUUCGUAAACGAUGAACUUAAGAAGAUCAGGAGCGUUCUCGACCCAGAUUACCCAGAAAGCUUUGAGAGUCGGGACGGAGAGAAGGAAGAAGAGGUUUUCCAGAGUUUGGACGGAGAGCAGAGACGGAUGAGAGAGUCAUUUCUGAAGAUCACGCUGAACUUCCUGAGGAGAAUGAAGCAGGAGGAGCUGGCUGGCCGUCUGGAGAACAGAUCUCCCCUCAUGUGCCCGUACAAACUCAAGUCCAACCUGACGGAGAAGUUCCAGUGUGUGUCCGAGGGAAUCAGUAAAGCGGGAAACACAACCCGUCUGAACGACAUCUACACGGAGCUCUACAUCACCGAGGGAGGAUCUGGAGACGUCAACGAGGAACAUGAAGUCAGACAGAUUCAAGCAGCGUCCAGGAAACCAGACGGAGCAGAAACAACCAUCAGACAUGAAGACAUCUUUAAACCCCCACCUGGAAGAAAAGGACCGAUCAGACGAGUGAUGACGAAGGGAGUGGCCGGCAUCGGGAAAACCGUCCUAACGCAGAAGUUCAGUCUGGACUGGGCUGAAGGAAGAACCAACCAGGACAUCCAGUUCCUGCUUCCAUUCACCUUCAGAGAGCUGAAUGUGCUGAGAGAGAGAAACUUCAGUUUGGUGGAACUAGUUCACCUGUUCUUCAGCGAAACCAGAGAAGCGAGAAUCUGCCGGUUUGACGAGUUCCAGGUCGCGUUCAUCUUCGACGGUCUGGACGAGUGUCGGCUUCCUCUGGACUUCCUCAACAACGAAGUCCUGACUGACGUUACAGAGUCCAAAUCCAUGGACGUGCUGCUGACAAACCUCAUCAGGGGGAACCUGCUUCCUUCUGCUCGUCUCUGGAUCACAUCACGACCCGCAGCAGCCAAUCAGAUCCCUCCUGAGUGUGUUGACAUGGUGACAGAAGUCAGAGGGUUCACUGACCCCCAGAAGGAGGAAUACUUCAGGAAAAGAUUCAAAAAUGAAAAGCAAUCCAGCAGGAUCGUCUCCCACAUCAAGACGUCCCGGAGCCUCCACAUCAUGUGCCACAUCCCGGUCUUCUGCUGGAUCACGGCUACGGUCCUGGACAACGUCCUGAAAACCGAAAAGAGAGACGGGGGAGAGCUGCCCAAGACCCUAACGGAGAUGUACAUCCACUUCCUGGUGGUCCAGGCCAAACUGAAGAAGGUCAAGUAUGACGGUGGCACCGAGACGGAUCCACACUGGAGUCCAGAGAGCAGGAAGAUGGUGGAGUCUCUGGGAAAACUGGCUUUUGAGCAGCUGCAGAAAGGAAACCUGAUCUUCUAUGAACCAGACCUGAGAGAGUGUGGUAUAAAUAUCAGAGAGGCUUCGGUGUACUCGGGAGUUUUCACCCAAAUCUUCAUCGAGGAAAGAGGUCUGUACCAGGACAAGGUCUUCUGCUUCGUCCACCUGAGCGUCCAGGAGUUUCUGGCUGCUCUUCACGUCCAUCAGACCUUCGUCAACUCUGGAAUCAACUUGCUGGACGAACAAACAAGCUCUUGUGCUCUUGAGACGACGGGAGAUACAGUUGCAGAGACGCACUUCUACCAGACCGCCGUAGACGAGGCCUUGCGGAGUCCCAACGGACAUCUGGACCUGUUACUCCGCUUCCUCCUGGGUCUUUCGAUGCAGAACAACCAGUCUCUCCUUCGAGGUCUGCUGACGCCAAAAGAGAGAUCACAGAUCGGCCAGAAUACAGCGGACUACUUGAAGAGGAAGAUCACAAAGAAUCAGUCUGCAGAGAAAAGCAUCAACCUGUUCCACUGUCUGAACGAAGUGAACGAUCGGUCUCUGGUGGAGGAGAUCCAGCGCUACCUGAGGUCGGGAAGUCUCUCCACGGAUGAACUGUCUCCCGCUCAGUGGUCGGCUCUGGUCUUCAUCUUACUGUCGUCAGAGAAAGAUCUGGAGGUGUUUGACCUGAAGGAAUACUUUGCAUCAGAGGAGGCUCUGCUGAAGCUGCUGCCGGUGGUGGAAGCCUCAAGCAAAGUCCUACUGAGCGGCUGUCAUCUCUCUGAGAGAGGCUGCAGAGCUCUGUCCUCCGUCCUCAGCUCCCCGUCCUCCGUCCUGAGGGAACUGGACCUGAGCAACAACGACCUGCAGGAUUCUGGACUCAAGCUGCUGAGUGAAGGACUGAAGAGUCCGGCCUGCACCCUGGAAAACCUCAGCCUGUCAGGAUGUCUGAUCUCCCAGGAAGGUUCUGGUGUUCUGGUCUCAGCUCUGACCUCCAACCCGUCCCACCUGAGAGAGCUGGACCUGAGCUACAACCAUCCAGGAGAUGCAGCAAUGAAGCUUCUGUCUGGACUGGAGGAUCCAAGCUGGAGACUGGAAACUCUCACGCUGGAUCCUACCGGACCACAGUGGUUGACGCCGGGUCUGAGGAAAUAUUCCCGUCAGCUCAGCGUCGACACAAACACGGUCAACAAACACAUCCGUCUGUCCGACGGAGACAGGACGAUGACGUUUGUGGAGGAGGAGCAGCCGCUCCCGGAUCACCCCGAGCACCCGGACCGGUUCGACCACUGGAACCAGCUGCUGGCGGCCGGCGCCGUGGCGGGCCGCUGCUACUGGGAGGUGUCGUGGACGGGGAAGGUGGACGUGGCGGUGAGUUACGCCGGGAUCCGGCGGAAAGGGGAAGCAGCGGAGUGCGUGUUCGGGAGGAACGACCACUCGUGGUGCCUGAACGUCUCCUCCGUCCACGGCUGCUCCGUCCGGUUCAACAACAGAGGCAUCUCCAUCCCCGCCUUCUCCUCGUCCCCCGUCUCUCACCGCGUAGCCGUGUACGUGGACGUCCCCGCCGGGACUCUGUCCUUCUACAAGGUGGUCUCCGACGGCCUGGUCCACCUCCACACCUUCAGCACCGCCUUCACCCAACCGCUGUACCCGGGGUUCGGGUUCUGGCCCGGUUCCUCGGUGUCUCUGUAGAAGCAGGACGGACCCGGGACACAUCCAUGCACGACCCACGCUCAACUCAACUUUAUUUAUAAAGAACUUUGAGACAACAACAGCUGAAACAUACGACGGAGUGUUAGGGUCAAACUAAGACAAAAAAAUUGGAAAUUACGAGAAUAAAGUCGUAAUAUUACGAGAAUAAAGUCGUAAUAUUACGAGAAUAAUCCUCAAAAUUUUGACUUUUUUUCGACAUUUCAACUUUUUUCUCAAUAUUUCAUUUUUUUCUCGACAUUUCGACUUUUUUCUCAACAAAGAAGCGGUAACAUUACGAGAAUGAAGUCGUAACAUUAGGAGAAUAAAGUCGUAACAUUAGGAGAAUAAAGUCAUAAUAAGAGAAUAAAGUCGUAAUAUUUCGAGAAUAAAGUCGUAACGUUACGAGAAUAAAGUCGUAACGUUACGAGAAUAAAGUCGUAACGUUACGAGAAUAAAGUCGUAACGUUAGGAGAAUAAAGUCGUAACGUUACGAGAAUAAAGUCGUAACGUUACGAGAAUAAAGUCGUAACGUUACGAGAAUAAAGUCGUAACGUUAGGAGAAUAAAGUCGUAACGUUAGGAGAAUAAAGUCGUAACGUUAGGAGAAUAAAGUCGUAACGUUACGAGAAUAAAGUCGUAACGUUACGAGAAUAAAGUCGUAACGUUAGGAGAAUAAAGUCGUAACGUUAGGAGAAUAAAGUCGUAACGUUACGAGAAUAAAGUCGUAACGUUACGAGAAUAAAGUCGUAACGUUAGGAGAAUAAAGUCGUAACGUUACGAGAAUGAAGCGGUAACGUUACGAGAAUAAAGUCGUAACAUUAGGAGAAUAAAGUCGUAACGUUAGGAGAAUAAAGUCGUAACGUUAGGAGAAUAAAGUCGUAACGUUACGAGAAUAAAGUCGUAACGUUACGAGAAUAAAGUCGUAACGUUACGAGAAUAAAGUCGUAACGUUAGGAGAAUAAAGUCGUAACGUUACGAGAAUAAAGUCGUAACGUUACGAGAAUAAAGUCGUAACGUUACGAGAAUAAAGUCGUAACGUUAGGAGAAUAAAGUCAUAACAUUAGGAGAAUAAAGUCGUAACGUUACGAGAAUAAAGUCGUAACGUUAGGAGAAUAAAGUCGUAACGUUAGGAGAAUAAAGUCGUAACGUUAGGAGAAUAAAGUCGUAACGUUAGGAGAAUAAAGUCGUAACGUUAGGAGAAUAAAGUCGUAACGUUAGGAGAAUAAAGUCGUAACGUUAGGAGAAUAAAGUCGUAACGUUAGGAGAAUAAAGUCGUAACGUUAGGAGAAUAAAGUCGUAACGUUAGGAGAAUAAAGUCGUAAUAUUAGGAGAAUAAAGUCGUAACGUUAGGAGAUUUUUUGGGAGCUCAUUAAUAAAAAAUGGAGAAAAGCAGUGGUCCAAGGGAUGAGCCUUGUGGAACUCCCUUCUCAACAAUUGUGUAUUUGGAUUGGAUUCCAUUAAAGUUAACUCACGUCUGUUAUGGAGAUAUGAGUUGAACCAAAGAUUUUGAGAAUAAAGUGGUAAUAUUAUGAGAAUAAAGUGGUAAUAUUAUGAGAAUAUAGUGGUAAUAUUAUGAGAAUAAAGUGGUAAUAUUUUGAGAAUAAACUGGUAAUAUGAGACGGAUCAGGACGAAGCAGGACGGCUCCAGAAUAAUGGAGAUAAAACCAGGGGUGAAAGUAAGCCGGUACGAUCCGGUAUGAUCCGGUACUCCGUACCACCAAAAGAUUUUGUGCCAGUACGCAGUACCGGGAAAAAACGCACGAAUUACUGACAAUAUACCUCACAUACAGCGAGUCUGGAACUCUCGAUUGUUCACACCAAAGACGGCGGUGCCGACCGCUCAGACAAAUACCUCAGCUCUGCUUUCGUUAUAUACAGUUAUAUAUAUUUAUCACAAAGACACAUAUAUAUAUAUAUAUAUAUAUAUAUAUAUAUAUAUAUAUAUAUGAUAUAAUCUUGCUACACUAAGAGUCCCGGCCUGUUUUUUCGUAAGAAUAAGAUUUAUAAUAUAUGCGUACGGAGACAGACAGUCUAUCUUUGAUUUUUUUGUUUUCCUUUCUUUGUGAUGUUAACUAAGUAAUUGUAAUUGUCACUAAAACUGCACUUUUUUUACUUUCAUACAUGUUUCUUUUUAAUGUAAAGGCUCAACAGGAAGAGUCACAUGACUGAAACGUUGAGUCUGUUCUUGUUCUUAACUUUAGCUCUAGCUCAGCUAACGGUUGGAAACUUACGCCCUUGUUGUUGUUGAGUUUUAAAUAUCGGUGACAACAGAUCACUAAACUAAACAGCAGGCUAUAAGUCUGAUACUAAUUAAUACAAGUGUAAUGUUGAUUUUUAAACACCAUCAUAAAGCUAAAUGGAGAUCUGUGUUCUAACGUGGCAAAAAAACCAACCACAUGAGUUAUAAUAUGUUUGAAUUAGUAGUUUCUAAUUUUAUGUAUCUUAACAAGAACAUCUGUAGAGCAUUUAAACAAAAUAAAUCACAUGGAUAAU